GGAUCAAGCACAUCUGGAGCCCACUUAGCAGAACAGAAGCCCACUUAGCAGGAACACGACUUCACGGGCGGCCUCGGGGACAAGACGGCGCCGGCUGCGCGCAUGGCCCCUUCGCAGGAGGCGUCCUCGCAGGAGGAGGCCACCGAGGACGCGAUCGAGUCGGAGGCCGAGGCUGAUCAGGCCGCUGCGAACGUCACUGCCGAGGCGUCGGCGCCGUCGGUUGCCAGGGAGAGUGCCGCCACGGGCAGCUUAGAUGACCUGGUUUCGACCAACGUCGAGACUCCGGAGGAGGUGUGGCGCGAGGUCGCGGCCGAGGCCACUCUGGAGCAUGCGUGGGAUGACUAUCAUGCGCAGGGCGCGGGCAACGCUGCCCCGACCACCACGGAUGCGACCGUUGACCCGGACCCGCUGCCCCGGCUCAGCCCGGAGCACGACGUGGAGCGCGCCUCCGAGGCCGCCGCGGUGGACGCCUCCCCCGCCCAGCCCGAGGCCGCCGCCGUCGCCUCCCCCGCAGUGGCCGCCGAGGCGGGCGCCGCCGCCGAGGCCGCCCCCGCGGCGAGCGCCGCGGUGAACGCCUCGAGCGCCGCGGUGGACGCCGCGAGCGGCGCGUCGUGCUACGACGCCCGGUACGGAGACUGGUGCUACGGCAGGGUGAUGUGGGCC